AUGAGCAAUCAAGUCCCAACCGGUGGUGCCUCGACGACGGCCAAAGACGAAGAGAUAGCAAACAAGAAGCUCCCUCCAGGAGUGGUGCUGGACAAGGAUGGGAAACCAUGUCGCGUUUGCACCUCGGCCGCAUCCUGGCGCGCAAUGACGAAGAAAGCCGCUGCGUCUUCUGCUGCAGCAGCAGGAGCAGCAGCAGCAGCUACUACUGCUGCUGCAUCCUCCUCUAACUCAACAUCAACAACAGCUGCUCCGACAUCGACUCCCCCAGACGACUGCCCUCCCGACGUGGAAGCCCUGGGCCGGUCAACAUGGACAUUCCUGCACUCGCUGACAGCCGCAUACCCGACGACGGCCACGCCCGAGCAGCAGGCCGAGAUGCGUUCGUUCCUGAACCUCUUCUCGCGCCUGUACCCGUGCUGGGUGUGCGCGGACGAUUUCCGCGCGUGGAUGAACGAGCCUGGAGGGCGCAACCAGCCGCGGCUCGCCGGCCGCGCCGAGUUCGGCCACUGGAUGUGCGAGGCGCACAACGCCGUCAAUCGCAAGUUGGGGAAGAAGGAGUUUGACUGCCGCUUCUGGGAGGAGAGGUGGCGGACCGGGUGGAAGGAUGGGAGAUGCGAUUGA